UACGAACGUCAUGCGCCAGAGGCAUCACUGAAUCUUACGGAUGAAAAAGUGAUACAAAGCUCCUAAUAUGGCUAGUGAUAAAAAAUCAGGAAAAUCUUCGAAAGGCACAAAAUCUACCACAGAGAUACUAUCUGAAUUUCAAAUGCUUCGCAGUGAACAAAGAGCAAUGGCCAAUAAAUUGUCUGAAAUGGAGAUGGAACUAAAUGAACACAAGAUCGUUAUUGAUACAUUAAAAAAUAUAGAUCCAAAAAGAAAAUGCUAUAGAAUGACUGGAGGUGUUCUAUGUGAACGUACUGUAGAAGAUGUGAUGCCUGCAUUGGUAACAAAUAAAGAACAGUUAAUUAAAGUCAUAGAUGCUCUAAAUGACCAAUUGACAAAAAAAGGACUUGAAAUAAAUGAAUUCAAAGAGAAGCACAAUAUUAGAAUUAGAGGGCAACAAGAUAUGCAACAACGACAAGGUGAAGAUAAAGAUUCCAAAGAAGCUAAAAGAAGUGCUGUAGUUGUUAAUUCAUUAAGCAAUUAUUCAUAAAAUCAAAAUUUCUUAUUUAUAAUAUAUUUCAGGCUUACAUUCAAAUCAUAUUUUGGCACUUAUUUAUUAAAUCUUCUAAGAUUGUAUUUGAAGUGUAUAAAUAUCCAAUUUUUGAAUGUAUUUUAUAUAAAAACAUUUACUGAUUUUUCUUUAUGGAUAAAAAGUAUAUAACUUAAAAUAA